AUGAAGCCUUGCAGUAAGAAUCUCAACCGAGCGCCACACGCAUCCGUCUUUGGCAUCCUCCACUGCCGCAUCUGUUCCGAGUUGUGCCAGAUCAUGGGCUUGCCACAGAAACAGAACUUCAUCAUGAACCGAGAGUUUCAACAGUUUAACAUUUUUCUUUUACAGGACUUAAAACGCUACCUGUACAAACAGUUGCAAAGUGUUGAAGGUCUUCAUGCAAUCGUGGUCACAGACAGAGAUGGAGUUCCAGUUAUCAAAGUUGCUAAUGACAACGCUCCAGUCCAUGCGCUGAGACCGGGUUUCCUGUCCACAUUUGCUCUAGCAACAGAUCAAGGCAGCAAGCUGGGUCUAUCCAAAAACAAGAGUAUUAUCUGCUACUACAACAGCUACCAGAUUGUGCAGUUCAAUCGUUUACCUCUUGUCAUCAGUUUCAUUGCCAGCAGUGAUGCCAACACAGGUCUCAUCAUGAGUUUGGAGAAGGAGUUGGCUCCACUAGUAAAUGAGCUAAGGCAGGUAGUAGAAGUGACAUAA